AUGACAGGCAGCGGGCGGUGUUGCAGGACACCUGGAGCCCACGACAUUGAGGCCGCGCCUGACCCGGCCCGACCCGAUCAGCCUAAUGAGGGUGACAGGAUUCGCUCCCCGGUCAGACGACGCUUAAGUGAAGACCGUUUGCUUGCCCCACGGACCUCGCAAACGGAACUUCUUGAUGACCCUCAAGAUGAGGGGGAGUCCUCACUACGAACGAAUGGUGACACUCAGUCCAUGGAUGUCCCGCCUGACCCUACUCUCAAGCCUACCCAUGAGACUGAUGCAUCGCUGUUUCAGCUGGUCACGUAUAAGAAGAAUCGACCAAACGGGAUCCCGAUUGUGUUCAGAUGUCUCACUGAGUCGGAUUUGUUCUGGAAUGUUAACCCCAACUUAAUAGCUCGUGAAGUGCUCACCACGAUACAAGAGAAGGUCCUCCGCCACAGAAUCAAUAAAUAUGGCACUCUCAUCGUCCAUGUCUCAUACGAGCACUCCGCACAACGCUUACUGGGCCUUACGGUACUCGCCGGAAUAGCAGUCCAAGCGUCUAUCCCACAGUCCUACUUAUGUACCACCGGCAGAAUCAUUGGCGUCCCUCGUCGUUACAGCGAGGCCCAGCUCCUUGACUACUUUUGUUCAAGUGGUGCCACUGAGGUUCAACGAGAACUAGCUUAUUCUCGGGAGAGUGACGGCUCCGCGAAAGCCAUCGUCAAGUCUAGUGUGCUCUUAACCUUUCAACCUGGCUACGCGCUGCCAGCGGAAAUUCCUCUCGGGUUCACAUACUUCCCCUUGUCAGAAUACAUUGAGCCGCCUACUCAAUGUUUUAACUGUCAGAAGUUUGGUCACAUUGCUCGCGACUGUCGCGGUCCCCAAAGAUGCAAGGUGUGCGCAGGCCCACAUGUUUAUAAACAAUGCACUUCGCGACGCAAGCCCACGUGCGCAAACUGUGGUGGUCAGCAAAAUGCGACCUACCGUGACCGUACCGUGCCUGUACCGCGAGAGCGGCAGUGGCCGCGCACCGACGGCGAGUACUCAAUGCUUCUCCAUCAAAUGGCUGCUCGACUCCUGGCUUUACCUCUGGUACUGCCGAUUUCCCGCGCCUGA